AUGAGCCCAGAAGAGGUGCAGCGCGAGCAGGAAGCUCUGGACAACAUCACCAGAUGGGCUAGCGAUCAAAUCGUCGAGAUCUUCCCUCACCAGCAUGGAAACCUCGCCAUGUCCUCCAUUUCCCAGUUCAACGGAAGUUUGAACGCUGAACCUAGUAACGGAAAUGACAAUCACGACAAUAACGGCGCCAUCCAUGCCUCUACUCAUCAGGACAUCUUGUUAUCUCUGAUCCCCGGCGACAAAUCCAAGCGAUCGAUUCGAAUCUAUCCUGCCUCGCGGCCCUCUUCGAAAGAUGCACAGUCGUUGCGCAGUAAGACUUCCUUCGCAGGUCUCAAUGGCAGCACACGGAGCAAAGAAGCCCCGGUGCUUGUCACUCUUGAUGUGAAGUUGCCGUAA